AUGUCCUCGCCCUUCCUCUUUCAUUCUCUUGAUGUAGGGCCUCGAUUAAGUGCACGGAAGGUGCAUAUAUGCAGGCUCUAUGAUGUCCUAGAGCUAUCUCUACUGAGAAACGACCUCCCACGGGCAAGAAAAGCGUGGGCUAUCCUGGCGCGAUGCAAGGAAAUGCACUGGACAACGAUGUGGGCGACCGCGGUGCGUAUUAUCGGAGAUGAGACCUUCCACGAGCACGAUUCCAGCAAGAAGCUCGCUUUCCUUCGCGAGAUGAUGCUUCAGUUACCGGACAAGGUGGGUCGUCAGGACCGUGUUCGUACACGCGUCCUAGAGAAACGAUUCUUAAGGGAAGUUAUUCUUCGACAGAUCAUGGCGGGGCAUUUCAAGCAAGCUCUGGACGAAUUGGAGUUGUACGUUCCUUCAUUCCCCUACCAAGAUGAUCCUGUGUUACAUAACUAUGCCGGGCUCUUAUCUCUAUACUUGUCCCAGCCAUCCGGAAAUGGCGUUGACGAUGGCAUGCUAUCUCUCGAUUCGCACUUCCAAGGUGCAAAGGCCCUUGAUUCGGAAAAUACCAUUGCUACACACUUCUUAUCCCACAUUUCUAAAAUGACUAGCCAAGCAGAGAAUUCAGACCAGGAUUCUGACGACGACCUCAUGGAAGUCGACAUCCAGGAGACAAAACUACAGCCCCAAAGGAAGCGUGUUCGACUUCACGAGGAUGGCAUUUCAUAG